AUGGCUUCCUCAUUGCGUCGGUCCUCAGACGCCGAUGUCGCCGAUUCGACUAUCGCCGGCCGUGCUCGCCGCGCCUCCCUUUCCGUUAUGAAUGCCAAUCCCCAGCUCGGCAUCUGGCAGGCCGCCGGCACCGCCAUUGCCCAGGCCCCCAACCUGACGGAACUCCGUGACAUGGACAUGGGCGCCGGCAACAUCGCCUUCAACUCCCAGGGCCACUCUGCUCGUCUGGCCGCCGUCUACGAAGACACUGGCCGUGUCGCCUUGGUCCGCAGCAACACGCGCGGCGUCGUCGGCCAGGAAUCCGAGCAGGAAAAGACCACCCCCGUACGCGUUGAAGAGACGAAUACAGACGCUGCGCAAGACGAACCGGCAACCGAGACCAAGGAGCACCAUCAUCACAGGCAUCAUCUCUGGCAUCACAGUCACGGUGAAGGUCAUGGCAAAAAGGCAGACAUUGGGCCAACAAUUAUGCAUGGACUGGCUGCUUUCUGGAAAUUCUUCAUCACACCGGCCGGCUUCCUCAUCACCAUCUACUGCUUGAAUAUCGUCGCAUGGGGUGCCAUGCUCUUCUUUCUCCUCCUCAAAGCCGCCCCUGCCAUGAACCACCCUUCUGCCGACGAUGACUCCUCUCCCCGCAAGAUCUGGCUCGAGAUUGACUCCCAGAUCCUCAACGCCCUCUUUUGCGUCACAGGCUUUGGUCUCGCGCCCUGGCGCUUCCGCGACCUCUACCUCUUUAUACGCGGCGCACACAUGCACGACACGGUCGCCAUGACCAAGCUCGCCAAGCAGAAUCGCGGCUGGUUCCGCCCGCCAAUCUGGUAUACACAGGCCGAGGAGACGGCGGCCGCAGCGUCUGAUCAAGUGAAGCCGCCCACGUUUACCGGCCGCGUCGCGCCCCCCACACCCAUCUGGAAGCUUGGUUUCACGAUUUGGAUGAUGGUGUUGAACACGAUCCUCCAGGCGGUUCUGUGCUUCUUCAUGUGGCAUUACAAUCGCAUAGAUCGCCCUGGCUGGGCAACUGGCACAUUCAUCGGCCUCGGUUGCGGUGUCGCAAUGCUCGCCGGUCUCAUGUCCUGGUGGGAAGGCCGCAAGGUUAAAAAGAUUGAGGGCCCUGCUGUCGAAGUUAUCGAAGCUAUCGAGGCGGUAUAG